AAGUAUAGUCAUGUUAUGUGUAUUAGCAUAAAUUAUAUAUUCUGUAUUCGAUGGAAAAGGAAACCGAUUUGGUUACCAACUGCGAAGAGCAAGGUAUUCAGAGUACCUCAAAGGCCAAAAAUACCUACAGAAGAAUAUAUAGAACUUAAAAGAUUAAAUAAUAAUUACAGAACAGUUAUGAAAUCACUUAUGCAACAUUUUGAAAACGAGUUUAAGAAGAGUCAAGUCAAAUUUGAUGAAAUAACUGUAAAUAAAAUAGCAGAUGAGGAUUUCAUACAAUCUAAUUUAAUAAAUGAUAAAUGGAACAUGCAAAUAGCCAAAAUUAGAGAAGUCAGAUUGGCAAAAGAAAAAGAAGAAAGAAAAGAAACUAUAUUAAAAAAGUUAUUAGAAAAAGAGGAAAGAGAUAAACAAAGGGAACAAAAAAUUGAAGAGCAUGUUAAAAAACUUAAGGAAGAAGUACCUACUUUUAUAACGGCUGCAAAUAUAGAUAAAGCGAUUGAGGAAGCAUUAAUAAAUAUUGUGAAUCAUGAAUAUGCUAUUGAUUUAAAAGGAAACAUUUACACUGAUAGUAAGGAAACAAGUGUAAACAGUAAUAAUAUUGUGAGCCCAUAAAUAAAUUAAAAUUAGUUCGUAGAAUUCCAUUGUUUUUUCAUGUAUUAAUGUAAAAUGAAUAUAUUUCACUUUAUCUUGAUUAUUGUAUCUCAUUUUACUUUCGGAUUAAAAUAUACAUGAAUCAAGAAAGUGUUUGUAAUUUUUGGAAUAUGUUUAUUUAAAAUGACCAUGUAUAUACCAUAACAAAAAAUCUCUUAUAAACAUAUUCAUUUAAAUUCUAUGAAUCUAUGUCUUAAGACCAUAUUAUUGAUACUCUGCACACAAUGCUUUCUAGUUGCAAUAACCAUACAUUUUCAAUAGUAAUAAUUUGUGUUCAACACAAAUGCAGUAAUAUAAUUAUAACAAUUAAAUAAUAUAUUAUUAUUAUAUGCUCGUAUCCAUAAAUAUGUAUGAAUAAUUAAUAAGCAAAAUAAUUUUUAAAUGUUUGCAUGUAAUGAUUAUCACAAACGUGUUAUAUUUUUCCUGAUUUUUUAUCUAUUUCAUGCAUAUCAUUUUCUCAAGUUUUUAUAUGAUAUUCUGUAUCAAAUUAGAUUAUAAUAUAAAAACAUGAAUUAAAUGUAAUUCUGUCUGCGUAGUUUAUUGUGAAGUAACAGCAAAAAAUUACAUCUAUACUCUCUUUAUAUUUUGUUUAUAUAUAAUAGCAUACUGUAAUUAUAUUAUUAGAAUAUCUUUGGUAUAGAAACAAAUAAUCAUAACAUAUUGUUAAAAAAAAAUCUUUUCUGUAUAUCAAAAAAUAUUUGAAAGAUUAUCUCUAAGUAUACAAAAAAAUACGUGUAAGAAAAACUCAUAAAUACAGAUACAAUCUAGCAAAAAAUGAA